AUGGACGCGCUUGCGAGCAGUAGUAAAGGCCAUCGCAAGUCCAAGUCGGGUGCAAAGGUAAACAAACAUAAACGUAAGGCUUUUGAAAAGCAAAAACGAGAGCAGCCGUCGCUUGCCGAACAGCGCAAGAAUCCCAAAGCAUUUGGAGUUGCCAAAGCUGGUCGCGCACGUAAGACCGUCCAGCGCAAUUUAGACCGCGCACACCGUAAAGAAUAUGUACCACAGCAAAAUCGUGCUGAGGACCUUCCACCACCUAUUUCAGUGGUCGUCAUGGGUCCACCAGGCAGUGGUAAGAGCACUGUCAUUCGUUCGCUGGUUAAGCGUUAUACACGCCAUAACCUCGUGGACGUCAAAGGUCCAAUAACUGUCGUGAGUGGCAAAGACCGCCGUAUUACGUUUUUUGAAUGUCCAAACGAUUUAAACGCAAUGAUUGAUUUGGCCAAGAUUGCAGAUUUGGUGCUUUUACUCAUUGAUGCAAGUUUUGGCUUUGAAAUGGAGACGUUUGAGUUUCUUAACAUCCUUCAGGUGGUUGGAUUUCCGAAAGUAAUGGGUAUUCUCACACACUUGGAUAGUUUCACGAAAAACAAGAGUCUUCGUAAGACCAAGAAACGACUGAAAGCACGCUUUUGGACUGAAAUUUAUCAGGGUGCCAAGUUAUUUUACUUUUCUGGAGUUUCUGCCAACAAGUAUCCGAAAGGAGAGAUUCAGAACUUAUCGUUGUAUAUCUCACGCAUGAAGUUUCGACCUCUGACAUGGAGAAAUUCUCAUCCUUACUUGCUUGCUGAUCGCAUGGAAGAUGUGACGGCACCUGAUGAUAUUCAGCAAAAUGCUAUGAUAGACCGUCGAGUAACAUUGUAUGGCUAUUUACGUGGAACACACUUGAAACCAGGUAUGAAGGUGCAUAUUGCUGGAGCGGGUGACUUCUUCAUGGACAGUUUGACAGCGAUGCCGGAUCCUUGCAGCGUCCCGUCAAGUAAGAGAGCAGAUGGAAGCGUGAAGAAAAAACAUUUAAGUCAGAAAGAGACGCUGUUGUAUGCACCCAUGUCGGACGUUGGGAAUAUCAUGUACGAUAAGGAUGCCAUGUACAUUAAUCUGAGUCAAUUAAACUACACAAAUCCAGACACAGGAGAUGUAAUACCCGACGAACAGGACGUAAAAGUUGGGGAGAACUCGGGCCGGAGUGGCACACGUAUUGGACUGGGUGGCGAAGGUGUUAAUAUGGUACAAAGUAUGCAGAAAAUGGAUGUCGGUCUAGAUGACAAGCUCAGGGAUGCGAGCAUGUCGCUGUUUAAAAAUACGGCUGCGAUUCGUGCGGAUGAAGUCGACAGCGACGACGAGGAGGAUAGUGCAGAGGAGGACAGUGCGGACGACAUAAUUAGUGAAGACGACGGUGAAGACGAGGAUCGAGAGCUAAACGUUGGCAAACCAGUGGAGGCUAUUGUUCGUGAUAGCACUGGCCGAAUGCGUCGCCGCGCAGUGUUUACAGAAAGCGAAGAGACCAUAGAGACCAUGAAGACAGGAACCGACUCGGACUCGGAAAGUCUAGACGAGGACAGCGAAAAAGAGGAAGAAGUUAGUACUGAAGAGAAGUCGCAAUUGCGUUGGAAAGAUAACAUGGUCUCUCGCGCUGCUGCGAACUUUCUUGAGCGUGAACGGGCCGAUGUGAAUCUGAUGGAACUUGUGUAUGGUGAAAGUCAAAAGCUUCACAUGACGGAGCGUGACUUGGACAAUGAAGAACAAGCCAAACAGGGUGAAAAAGAUCAUUCCAGCGAAGAUGGUGACAGCUUUUUCACGUUAAAGCGCAAAGCAAAUGCAAAAGGAGAGUCAUCGUCAGCUUCAGAAACAUAUAACAUGAUCAACGCGAUGGAUUGUUCGCGUUUACACUUUGGUUCUGAAGAAAUGAGUGACUGGACAAUGCCCGAUGUGCUUCAAAGCAUUCGCGAUCGUUUUGUUACUGGUUCUUGGAAGCGCGUGAACAAGAUAGAGAACGGUAAUGAUGUUAGUAAUGAUGUGGAUGCCGAUCCAACGAAUGAUGACGAAAUGGACGGUUCAUUUCAAGAUUUAGAGACUGGUGAGAUCCAUAAAGGUGUCGACGAGCAGAGCGAAAUUAGUGAUGAAGCAAGCGAGAAUAAAGAGAACGACGAGAAUGAAACAGAUGAGCAGAUUCGUGAGCGCUUUCGUGCCCAAAAAUUAGUAAAGCGGAUGGUCGAAGACGAUGAUAUUGAAGACGGUGGCAAAAACAACAAGAAAAUUGACGACGAAGAACUGACUGAAAUUAUGGUCGAAGCAAAAAGGCUUCGCGAAGAACAAGCUCGACGGAAUGCAGAAGAAUUUGGAGAAGAAGGGGAAGAUAUGCGUCUACAAUUGGAAGGGUUUCGCAAUGGACUGUAUGUUCGUAUCGAGUUUUCAGGUGUACCAGCAGAGUUUGUACGCUACUAUGACCCCAAAAAUCCUAUCGUUGUUGGCGGUCUUCCAAAUUUGGAAGACACGUUGGGUCUUGUACGAAUGCGUUUCAAAAAACAUCGCUGGCAUAAGAAGAUUCUGAAAACAAAUGAUCCGUUAGUUUUCUCCAUUGGAUGGCGACGCUUUCAGAGUCUUCCGUUGUAUUCAAUUGAAGAUACGAAUGAACGGCAUAGAUUCUUAAAGUACACCCCGGAACAUAUGCAUUGUCACGCUACAAUCUAUGGCCCCAUGUGUCCUCCGAACACUGGCGUUUUGGCUUUUCAAACUUUGUCAAACAAUGCUGAAGGUUUUCGUGUUAGUGGUACUGGCGUUGUGCUCGAGUUGGAUCACAAGUUUAAUGUCGUGAAGAAACUCAAGCUGAUCGGAACACCUAGCAAGAUCCACAAGAACACGGCAUUCAUCAAGGGUAUGUUUAAUACUGAGCUCGAAGUUGCCAAAUUUGAAGGAGCAAGUGUUCGAACCGUGAGUGGAGUCCGUGGUCGUAUUAAAAAAGCUCUUCGGGGUGAAAAAGGUGAUUUCCGUGCCACUUUUGAAGACAAGAUUUUAAAGAGCGAUCUUGUCUUUUGCCGCACAUGGGUGCCUGUGGACCCAAAACAAUUGUACAAUCCAGUGACGUCUUUACUUACGAAUAUAAAGGGCAGUCAAAAGAGUACAUUAGGGCUUAUGAAGACAACAUAUGAGUUGCGCAAAGAGUUGAAACUAGCGGUGCCUGUGAAUCCGGAUUCACUUUACAAACCGAUCGUACGAACAGAGCGUCAAUUUGCAGCAUUGAAAAUACCGAAAAAGCUGCAAGCAAAUCUGCCAUUUGCUAGCAAACCUAAGGAAGACAAGAAAAAAGGCACUACGAAGGGUUACCUAGCGAGCCGUACGGUUGUUCUAGAACCAGAAGAGAAAAAGAAAUAUACGUUUAUGCUUCGAGUGAACACAAUGCGUCGAGAUCGAGAGGCUACACGAAAGGAACGUCAAAGCAAACGCAAUGCUGAGAACUUGAAACGUAAACAGCGCGAGGAGAAAGAAUUUGAAGGUGUGCAUAAAGCGGAAAAGAAAGCCAAGUACCGAGCAGAAGGAAAAGAAGCGGCGUACCGUGCAUUGAAGUCGGCAACAAGAUGA